CGACAGCAAGAACCCUCGGGCGGUGCAGCAGGGAGCAAGAGCAAUCUCGGUCGAGUGGAGAGAAAAUGGCGCUGGUGAAAACUCCGCCUCCCUCGUCUUCGCUGUCCGUCUCCGAAAUGGGCGGUGCUCUCGCGAGAUUGAAAGUCGCGCGCGCUUGGCCGGAGUAUUGGGUCGUGAGCGCGCUGGUUUUCGGUGUCGGGCUGUGGAGCGACUGCGGGGCGCUGCUCCGUCCAAUGUGUGCGUGGUAUGCGGGGCGGGAGGAGUGGUUUUUACUGCCCCCCCCCUCCCGCCCCGUGCGUGGCUCGCUGCCCCGUCCCGGGUGCGGGCGAGUCAUGCAUUGUUCUUACAGUUUAAAAGAAAAUGAAUGCAUCUAGUGUUUCAGGAAAAGUGGAGACCUGGCUUGCUUCUACAUGGCAUGUUAAAGUUCCUCCUACUUGGCUAGAAGCUUGUAUUAACUGGAUCCAACAAGAAAAUGGUUGUGGAAAUUUAACGCAAGCUCAGAUUAACAAACAGGUGUUUGAGCAGUGGCUUCUUACAGAUUUGAGAGAUUUGGACUAUCCUGUUUUGCCUGAUUGCAUAUUAGAUGGUCCAAAAGGAGAAAUAAAUGGCUUUUAUUCCAUACAGAUUGAUUCAGUGGCUGAUGUUAGCCAACCUGCAUAUUCCCAGUUGCAAAAAAUAAGAGGAAAAAAUACCGUAAAUGAAGAAGUAACAGCCAACACUCAGGCAUCUCAGAAAUCCUGGGAAGCAAAGCCUACACGAAUGCUGAUGAUGCAGUUAACUGAUGGAAUACAUCAAAUUCAAGGUAUGGAAUAUCAACCUGUUCCUGUCCUCAAUAGUAAUCUUCCUCCAGGUACAAAAAUUACAAUACAGGGUAACAUCGCAUAUCGUCUCGGAGUUCUUUUGCUAAAACCAGAAAAUGUGAAAUUGUUGGGAGGUGAAGUAGAUGCUCUUCUAGAGAUGUAUGCUCAGGAAAGAAUCCUUGCUAAGUUAAUUGGAGAAGCUGAGAACCCUAAUCCUACUAUACAGAGUGAUCAUGAAGGUGGAGCUUUAGGAGCUAUAAAUGAAGUAGGACAAAAUCUAGGGCCUUCAGAUGAAGAACUUCUAGCAAGUCUCAAUGAAAACAAUGAAUUUACCAUAAAUCAUGAGGUUCCUUUAGACAGUGGAUAUUGUAGCAGAAGUGACAACUCAAAUACAACUACACAUUGGCUCCUUUCAAAUAAUGAAAACUCAGAAAAGGGAUCUGGGAUCGUUUUGCCAGUGGCAAAUGAAGAACAAAGUGUUCCAGCUAUGGAGUUUGUUGAUGGAGAUUUAGAGGACUUCUCACUGGAGGACAAUUUGUUUUUAGAAGAGGAGAUCCAAAAAGAAAUUCAGAUUAUGGCAGGUGAUUGUACUAACGAAAACACAGAUCUAAUAACAGAAAGAUUUUCACGUACGCCCAGAUCUUUGAUAAGUUACACAUCUGAAAAAGAAGGCAGAGUUCAGUUGGAUUCAGUCAGUAAAGAGAAAUCCUGUGGGAGAGAACUGUCAGUUGGUGAUGAAAACAGAACAAGUAAUUUCUCACUACACCAUAACGUACAGCACUCCCAAAACUUUACCAGCGAUUUAUCCUUGGAAAAUGUUCUUGAGCAGGAGAAGUGUAAUAAGAUAGAUGCAGUUAGGAUCACUCAAAAAACAUGUCUUUUUUCUGGCAGCAAAUUGUUAAACAAAAGACCAAUUAAUUUUUCAAAAACCGAUUCAGAGAUAAACAAACAAAAUAACUGUGUACAAACCUUUUUUGACAGAAAAACGGAGAAAUGCAAAAAUGUUGAGUUAGAUUCUCCACCUUUUACAUAUAUUUCUGUUCUACUUGCAAAUACCCCCAAAACAGUUACAACAAUAAAAGUUAAAGCCUUUAUUGUAACCCUUACCGGAAAUCUCAUAAGCAGCAGUGGCUUCUGGAGUAUAAUGGCAAACAUUUCUGAUGGUACUGCUUAUCUAGAGGUAGACAUUGCUGAUGAAAUUCUAACAAGCUUGAUUGGAUUUUCAGUGCCUGAAAUGAAACAGUUAAGGAAAGAUCCCCUUCAACAUCAAAAGCUUACGAAUGGUUUACAGAAAUGCCAAAGAGAGCUGAUAGAUCUUUGUUGUUUGAUGACUAUCAAAUUUAAUCCCUUUCAGUCGAAAGCAACAGUACUAAUUUUGCAAGAUGUUGAUGCAAUAGAUCUAGAAAACUUGAAGAAACGUUUAUAUAAAUAGUUUAAGGAAAAAAUUACAGAAAAUAGUCCCUUGAAUUAUGUAAUUCAAGGCAUGGCAAAGUAAGUGUUGAGAACUCCAUUAAGAAAAUUCUAGGGUUUGUGUUUAUUUUUCUUAAUGGCAGGGAGGGAAAAUUGGGCAGAAUAUCGAUUUUUAAGGAAACAAAUUUAGAAUAAAAAUUACAAAUACAUUUGUUUUGACACGCUAUGUAUGCUUCUAAGUAUUUUUACCUUUACCAAAGCUACUUUACUCCGUUUCCGGAAGCUGAGGAAAAUAAACUUUCAGAUAGCAAACUGGAAAUUGAGAGCUGAUCCUUACAUUUUUCCAGUAGAGUAGACAUUAGAACUUGUCACUGCUAAUGAAUUUACAUAGAGGGGUAUUAUCUAGUCCUGGAAGAAAUUGGGAGUAAAUACAAUUAUUUGCUUUCAUCACAAGGUACUGAAGGCAACUUCUGUCAGAAAUAGAAGUUACCUAUAUAUUAUGAAAUACUAUCAGGACAAACACCAGAGGUUUUUUAAUACAAAUACUUACUUAUGUAGUAGAUGAGAACCUGAUAGUAAAUAGAAAUAGUUUAUGCUCAAAAGUCAGACUUAUUUUAUUCAUAUUGUCCAGUGUGAGAAACAAAGACUAACCAACUGAAAUAAAUAACUUCACGCAUACACAUUGGAAAAUCUAAGAGUUUUUAAACAUUAUUUCAUUUAAGAGAGGGUAGUGACAUAUAUGUAAACAGAUCUGUUUGUUUUUAAACUGACAGUGCCAUUGAUCAAUAUAAUAGUGGUAGAAAUGUAGUUGUGUUAGCAGUAUAGUAGUACUGCAAGACUGAAUCCCAAUAACAUAAAUUUCUUCUCUCCGGAUUAGUUAUUUACCACCUUGACAAAAGUUGCUUUUCUAGUUUUGUGCUAUUUAGUCAAAUGUUUUUUAUGAUCUUGAAAUGUUUCAUGUCAGUAUGGUUGUAUUAUAUUUAUUAAAAGCUCACUUUGUACUCAAGAGUUACAAAAAGGUCCAAUCUGGAAGUUGAUAGAGUAAAUGGAUCCAGAGAGAAACAUUUUUAAUAUUACUGGAUCAUACAUCAUAAAUAGCAGAUGACUAAGUAUUAUUUGAUAUAUAUUGUUUUUGUGAGAAGUCCUAAAGGUGACCUAUACAAAUAGGUAUAUGCCUUUUUUGAUCCUUUAUAUGAUGUAUGGAAGGUCUGAAAGCAUUUGUUUUUGUUGCGAUUUUUUUUCCUGUGGUCCUUGUUUACAGGCAGUCCCCGGGUUACAUACAAGAUAGGGACUGUA